ACUGAUAAGCGUACACAAGAAGCUCUCGCUCAAACAAACCCUAAAUAUGGUAGGAACGCGCCCUUUUUAAUAUUACACCUGAUCGCUUAACGCAUAGCCAUUUCCGUUUAGACUGUCCGUUUCACUACCUGCCGUUCCUUCAACAGCAAACCAUGCCGGUCCUAAGAUCCCGCGAAGUCCCCCCUGUCCCACCUAAGCCCCGCAAAGCCCAGGCCAACAUCGACCCACCCGCCACUCCCACUCAAGGCCGCGAACAAACUGCGACGCGCCAAUCUCCCUCACUCACUCCCUCCCCUAAAACCCUCGGGUCGGGCUCCGAUUCCACGCCCUCACUCAGGCGGAGCCUUCGUCUUGCCACAAAAGCUUCCUCAAGUGCCGACCAGGUUGGCCUUUCGGAGGUGGAGAAACGGAUUGAAAGGCGAAAUGGAGAAUUUUCGAAAAAGAGGAAGUUGAGUGUGGAUAAUGAUGGUGAUUUUGAGAACCAUGAGAGUAUAGGGGUUUUGAGUUUGCGGUCGGGGAAGAGGGUUAGUAAGAGGAGUUCAUUUAGUGACGGCGGCGGAGACGGAGGCGGUGAGGAGGUUGAAAUUGAAAAGAAAGGGGAAAGGAUAUUAAGGGAAGAGAGUGAGGGUAUAGAGAAAUUGGAGAGAAACAAUAAGAAAGAGAAUGUGAACAGAAGAAGCAAAUUCAGUAGAGAAGAGAAAGGGAAGGGUAAAUUGAUUGUUGAAACGGUUUUGGAAUCUAAAGCUGAGAGUUCAAUUGACGAUUCUGUUUCAGGCGUUACUCAUUCUGCCGAGAAAGUGACAUUGCUAGAUGAAAAGCCAAGUAAGAAGAAUAAUAAGAGAAGAAAUGGGGGGAGAAUCGAACAGUUUCGAGAUACGGCUAGGCAAAAUGCUUCUCGAUUUGCCCAUUUCGACGACCAGGAGGAAGACAAUACCAAUUUCUCUGCCGAGACUGAAAGGGAAAUUCCCUCCAAAGAAGAGCCAGAAGAGAAGGGUGUUGAAGAUUGGCCUGGGCCUUUCUCUACUGCUAUGAAGAUUAUAAGGGAUAGAGCAGAGAAUAUGAAUUUACGACAGGGGAGUUCUUCCUCAGACAAGGUUCAAUCCGUGCAAAUUAAGUGGGUUCCUCAAAAGGGUAAAGGAAAGGACUGUUCAAAGCGGUUGCCUCCAUCAUUGCUUGAUAUGUGCUUGAGUGUUCUGGUCAAUAAUGCAGAUGCAAUUGCUUCUCUUGAUCAUGUGCCAGAUGCUCUGAGGCACAAGCUAUGUCAGAUGCUCUGUGACUCGAGACGAAUAAAUAGUAACUUUUUGGACCUCGUCGUUAGUGGAUCCCCGACUGAAAUUCGCCUGAAGGAUUGUUCAUGGCUAACGGAGGAACAGUUCACUAAAUGUUUUGAAGGGUGUGACACUACCAACUUGACGGUUCUUCAACUUGAUCAGUGUGGCCACUGUUUGCCGGAUUAUAUUUUACCUUCUACCUUAGCUCGGUCGUCAAACAGCUUGCCUGCACUAUCUAAUUUGUCGUUGACUGGUGCAUUUCGGCUUUCUGACGCUGGGCUAAGUGUUCUAGUUUCUUCUGCCCCUGUACUAAGGUCUGUAAAUCUCAGUCAGUGUUCACUUCUUACCCACAGUGCUAUUGACACUUUAGCAACCUCCUUGGCAUCAGUUCUACUGGAACUAUAUAUCAAUGAUUGCCAAAGUAUUGAUGCCAUGCUGAUUCUGCCAGCAUUGAAGAAGCUGGAGCAUUUGGAAGUGUUGUCAGUAGCAGGCUUGGAAUCUGUUACUGAUGGUUUCAUCAAGGAAUUUAUUAUUGCACGAGGUGAUGGUAUCAAGGAACUGAUUUUGACAGGUUGUGGGAAAUUAACUGAUUCUUCCUUGAAAAUCAUUGCGGAAACCUGUUCAAGUUUAUGUGCACUUGAUAUUGGUAAUGUAUCCAAACUGACUGACUCUUCUUUUGCCUACCUGGCCAAUGGUUGUAGAUCAUUACAGUCAUUGAAACUCUGCCGCAAUGCAUUCAGUGAUGAUGCUAUAGCUGCAUUUCUUGAAAUGUCUGGGGAGGUUUUGAAAGAGCUGUCACUGAACAAUGUUCUGAAGGUUGGUCAAAGUACAGCCCUAUCACUUGCGAGACGCACAAGAAAUUUGCUUAGUUUGGAUCUAUCUUGGUGCCGAAAUCUGACUGAUGAAGCUGUGGGUUUGAUUGUGGAUAGCUGUUUAUCGUUGAGGAUGCUUAAACUUUUUGGAUGCACUCAGAUUACAAACGUGUUUCUGUAUGGCCACUCUAAUUCAAAGGUAGAAAUCAUCGGUUUGAAGUUUUCUCCACUUUUAUAGCAUAUCAAAGUACCUGAUUCUUAAAUUGGGUCCAAUGCAGUACUCUGCAGUGUCAUCUUUAAUGUGAUCUGGGUGUGAAUAACUAGCCAUAGGAAUUGUCCAGGAAACAUGUAGGCGAAUUUUGCUGCCUAAAGAACUUGGACAUUUUUUGUCACCCUGUGAUGUCUUUUUGUUGGAGACCCGACUAUUCAGUUGUAUCAUUUGGGUUUCCUACAUGAGCAAUUUUUGUAAAAUGGGUGCACUGUUCUACCCUUUUGCCCGAGGUGUGUCAUAAUGCGACAUGUAAGUGUUUACCCAGGUGCUACUUGGUACCCAAACCCAAACAAUUCGUGUUUCUCGAUACAAUCUGCUGUUGAUUUAAGAGUAAUUGCUGAUAUAUAUUCGUACUAGUUUUAAUACUAUAUAUAUGCAACCUUAAGUACGUAAAUUAGCUGAUGAGACUCGAGGGAAAAAAGGUUAGAUGUUGAAUUCAACCAUUAGCGGCUGCUUGGCAUGCAUGAGAUGAGAUUCUAGUAGUAAAAUUAUAAUACAAUGUCAUUUCUAGAAGGAUAUGUUUCCCUUUUCUUUUUCAUGAAUGAAAUUCUUGAAACAAAUCCAAGUCUUGUUUUUAAUUUUACUAAAAGGAGGGUAGUACGACUAAUCUAUUUGUACGCUCAAAACGGUCACCUUGCUGAAUCUGGAUGUUAGCUUGUUUAAUCUAAUGGCUUGUUUUUUUCUUUUAAUUAAAACUUUAAGGUUUUGUAUGGGUUUAGUGAGAGAAGCAGAACAAGAACCAGAAUCACAUCCAUGUUUCUGGAAUGUGAUGGCAUCUCGAAGCCCUUGCCUGUUAAAACAAUUCAUGGUUGAAUUUCCUGAUUUACCUGGUAAUUUAUGAUCAUAAUUUUGGCCACCUUUUUCACCGUGUAUAUAUAUAUAUAUAUUCAUUUCAAAUGAAUAAUUCACUAUAUUUUUUUACAUCAAAGAAUAAGCAAUCAUGAAGAUGUUUUCGUUCGUUUCCCUUUCAUUUUAUGAUAUCAUGUUUCCAUUCAAUUACAUUACAGGGUAUAUUCAUGACCACAUUUACCAUAAUCCAAAAACGUGAGACUUGCAGCUUACAACAUUCUCGGAAAUAUUUUGGUGCGGAGAGCAUAUAGAUCAAGAACGUCUAGUGGUCUCAUUCCACUUUCAGAUCUUCAUUUAGAUACUUGAAAUCUCGGAAGGUGCAAGUAUUUUCUGCCUUUCCGGUAAGGUUUCAUACGUGCAGUCUUUGCCCGCUCUCAUUAUUUUGUUUCUCCUUUUCAUGGUUUCCAACUUGUUUAUAAAAGGGAAACUCGCCUUCAUUACACAUAUGUCCCAAUUCAUGCUUUCAUCCAUCAAACCAUCUUUUUUCAGAA